CCGACUGCUGGCGCGGACGCGACUACCCGGACUUUGGAACGGAAGAGCUGCGCGUGUCGCUUCCUGCCUGCCGGUGGGGAGGGCCGGGGUGCCGCCGCGAUGUUACCCUACACCGUAAACUUCAAGGUGUCGGCGCGCACCCUCACCGGGGCUCUCAACGCGUACAACAAGGCGGCGGUGGACUGGGGCUGGCAAGGUUUAAUUGCAUAUGGAUGCCAUUCCCUUGUGGUAGUGAUCGACUCCAAUACUGCCCAAACUCUACAAGUUCUAGAAAAACAUAAAGCUGAUAUUGUUAAGGUCAAGUGGGCCAGGGAGAACUAUCACCACAACAUUGGCUCUCCAUAUUGCCUGCGCUUGGCUUCUGCUGAUGUCAAUGGGAAGAUCAUUGUUUGGGAUGUAGCAGCAGGAGUAGCUCAGUGUGAGAUCCAAGAACAUGUGAAGCCCAUCCAAGAUGUGCAGUGGCUGUGGAAUCAGGAUGCUUCCCGAGACUUAUUGCUUGCUAUCCACCCACCAAAUUACAUCGUGCUAUGGAAUGCAGACACUGGCACCAAACUGUGGAAGAAGAGCUAUGCAGAUAACAUUCUUUCUUUUUCUUUUGACCCUUUUGAUCCUUCACAUUUAACGUUACUCACCAGCGAGGGCAUCGUUUUCAUCUCAGACUUCUCUCCAUCCAAGCCUCCCUCUGGCCCUGGGAAAAAAGUGUACAUCUCCAGCCCACACUCCAGCCCAGCUCAUAACAAGCUGGCUGCAGCCACAGGAGCCAAGAAGGCUCUUAAGAAAGUAAAGAUUUUAAUCACUCAGGAGAAACCUAGUGCUGAUUUUGUAGCUCUCAAUGACUGCCUCCAGUUAGCCUAUCUGCCUUCAAAAAGGAAUCAUAUGCUGUUGCUCUACCCUCGGGAGAUUUUAAUCCUUGACCUUGAAGUGAAUCAAACAGUUGGUGUGAUUGCAAUCGAGAGAACAGGUGUUCCCUUUCUGCAGGUAAUACCAUGCUCUCAACGAGAUGGCUUGUUUUGCCUACAUGAAAAUGGCUGCAUAACCUUACGUGUCCGGAGGUCUUAUAACAGCAUCUGUACUACAUCAAAUGAUGAACCAGAUCUAGAUCCUGUCCAGGAGCUGACCUAUGACUUGAGAAGCCAGUGUGAUGCAAUCAGGGUGACGAAAACUGUCCGUCCCUUCAGUAUGGUGUGCUGUCCUGUUAACGAGAAUGCAGCUGCCCUCAUAGUAAGCGACGGUAGAGUCAUGAUAUGGGAACUCAAGUCGGCUGUGUGUAGUCGAAAUGCACGGAACAGCUCCGGUGUGUCACCUUUAUACUCUCCAGUGUCUUUCUGUGGGAUUCCUGGAGGAGUGCUACAGAAUAAACUCCCAGACCUUUCUCUAGAUAAUAUGAUCGGGCAAAGUGCAAUUGCUGGGGAAGAGCACCCCAAAGGCUCCAUUCUGCAGGAAGUUCACCUCAAAUUCCUGCUGACGGGACUGCUUUCAGGACUCCCUUCCCCUCAGUUUGCUAUCCGGAUGUGCCCACCACUGACCACAAAAAACAUUAAGAUGUAUCAGCCACUCCUUGCUGUUGGUACAAGUAACGGUUCUGUCCUGGUGUACCACCUCACCAGUGGUCUGCUACACAAGGAGCUAAGUGUCCACUCGUGUGAAGUCAAGGGUAUUGAAUGGACAAGCUUGACCAGUUUCCUUUCUUUUGCUGCUUCGACCCCAAACAACAUGGGGUUAGUGAGAAAUGAACUUCAGCUGGUUGAUCUCCCAACAGGGAGGAGCACUGCUUUUCGUGGUGACCGGGGCAAUGACGAAUCACCCAUUGAAAUGAUCAAAGUGUCUCAUCUGAAACAGUAUUUGGCAGUUGUUUUCAAAGAUAAGCCCCUGGAAUUAUGGGAUAUUAGAACUUGCACUCUUCUUAGAGAAAUGUCUAAAAGUUUCCCUGCUAUAACUGCAUUGGAGUGGUCACCAUCUCACAACCUGAAGAGCCUGAGAAAGAAGCAGCUUGCCACCCGGGAGGCCAUGGCCCGCCAGACUGUGGUCUCAGAUGCAGAGCUGGGUGCUGUUGAAUCAUCUGUGAUCAGUUUAUUACAGGAGGCAGAAAGUAAGUCUGAACUCAGUCAGAACAUCUCUGCUCGGGAGCAUUUUGUGUUUACUGACAAUGAUGGCCAAGUUUAUCAUCUCACUGUCGAAGGAAAUUCUGUGAAAGACAGUGCUCGGAUUCCACCAGAUGGUAGCAUGGGCAGUAUUACCUGCAUCGCCUGGAAGGGCGACACAUUAGUGCUUGGAGAUAUGGAUGGAAAUUUAAACUUCUGGGAUCUGAAAGCCAGAGUAUCCAGAGGAAUACCCACACAUAGAAGUUGGGUGAGGAAGAUUCGCUUUGCCCCCGGCAAGGGAAACCAGAAGCUAAUAGCAAUGUAUAAUGAUGGUGCUGAAGUGUGGGAUACUAAAGAGGUUCAGAUGGUGAGCAGUUUAAGAAGUGGAAGAAAUGUAACCUUUCGGAUUUUGGAUGUGGACUGGUGUACAUCAGAUAAGGUGAUCUUGGCAUCUGAUGACGGGUGCAUCAGAGUCCUGGAGAUGUCAAUGAAGUCUACAUGUUUCAGAAUGGAUGAGCAGGAGUUAAUAGAGCCUGUGUGGUGCCCAUACCUCCUUGUUCCGAGGGCCGCCCUUGCCUUGAAAGCCUUCCUACUGCAUCAGCCUUGGAAUGGGCGAUAUUCUCUGGACAUUUCUCACAUUGAUUAUCCAGAAAAUGAAGAAAUAAAGACUCUCCUUCAAGAACAGUUACAUGCAUUGUCUAAUGACAUAAAGAAACUUCUGCUUGAUCCUGAAUUCACUCUCUUGCAAAGGUGCCUGCUCGUUUCCAGGCUGUACGGCGAUGAGUCGGAGCUGCACUUCUGGACAGUGGCGGCCCACUACCUGCACAGCUUGUCCCAGGCCAAGUCUGGGGACACAGUGGUAACCAAGGAAGGUGCUCCUAAGGACAGGCUGAGCAACCCACUGGACAUCUGCUACGAUGUGCUCUGUGAGAACACCUACUUCCAGAAAUUUCAGCUAGAAAGAGUUAAUCUACAGGAAGUAAAACGGUCAACUUAUGAUCACACGAGAAAAUGCACAGACCAGCUCCUGCUGCUGGGCCAGACAGACAGAGCUGUGCAACUGCUGUUGGAAACAAGUGCAGAUAACCAGCACUACUACUGCGACUCGCUGAAAGCUUGCUUGGUCACCACUGUCACCUCUUCAGGCCCUUCUCAGAGCACAAUUAAGCUGGUAGCAACCAAUAUGAUCGCCAAUGGCAAGCUGGCAGAGGGUGUUCAGUUACUCUGCCUGAUAGACAAGGCUGCGGACGCCUGUCGCUACCUGCAGACGUAUGGCGAGUGGAAUCGGGCAGCAUGGCUUGCAAAGGUUCGGUUAAAUUCUGAAGAAUGUGCAGAUGUUCUGAAGCGGUGGGUUGACCACCUUUGUUCUCCACAAGUCAACCAGAAGUCCAAGGCCCUCCUGGUCCUCCUCUCUCUGGGUUGCUUUGUCAGUGUGGCAGAGACGCUUCACAGGUGUGUGAGACAGAACCUAGAGCAUGCAGGGGCAUCUCUGUUCCUUAACCAAGGUUCACAGAAGCUCAUCGCUGCCAUCUAUGCAGACUAUGCCCGAAGCCUAAAGAGCCUUGGCUUUAAACAGGGAGCAGUGCAUUUUGCUUCAAAAGCUGGAGCGGCUGGCAGAGAUUUAUUGAAUGAGCUUGGGUCCCCCAAGGAAGAACUAACAGAAGGUUGACAGGCUCUGUGCAGGAAAUCUGAUGUUGGAAGCAAGGUAUGAAGAGAGCUGACCUGGCUGUGCUCCUGGUCACAGUUAUGGUCAGUCCAGACCCGUGUGAGGACUUGGCCCUUGUUAGCUGUGACACCACCUUCUUAAGUCCAAAGGUGCUCAGCAGCAUACAUGAGGAGCCAGUUCUGUGUCCCAGGUGACCUCAGAAUGGGGACACACAGUAGGAGAGUAUAUGGUAUUUACAUUUUGGAAAGUGCUUUUAAGAUCUCUGUGAAUACUUUUCAACUUUUGUAACUUAAAAAUUCAAAAAACUGAAUUACUGUCCUUUCUCAUUAGCUAUUUUGAAGAUGUUUAAGAAAUCUGUAGCAAGAGAUGGGGCUUCUGAUGGAUUUUCAGAUCCGUGCUGUGUGCCUGUAUUGAUAAGCAGUCAUUUAGGACAGCAGGGCAGAAGCAUUUGAUGAGAGCCCAUCACAGCACCUCUCUUCUUGAGGACACGGUGGAUUCUUUGCUUUAGACAUUGCUGGACGUUACAUUUGGGGCUCAUAGUCUUCAUGGAGCACAUAUAAGCUUUAUGUUUAGCGUUCCUGGUCUGAAUUUUAACUCCCAGGAUGCGUUCCAGUACCCUCAUUUCUGAAGCCUCUUUUGUACAUUUCCCACCUUUGUUUUCUUCCACUAGAUGUAAUUAUUAUAAAUUAUUACUCAGAACUUAAACAUCUAUGACUAUAAAAAUGGUAAAUAAAGGAAAAUCUCA